UUUUCAAGAUGGCAGCUUUCAGGAAGGAAUCACAGGAUGAUGAAGAUGAUUACUGGUCGGGGAUCCACAAGAACAAGAACAAGAAGAAGUUCAACUUGUUUGCUGAUGAUGUCAGUGUGGAGCAGGCUGAUCAAAUGGCCAAAACCAAAAUUUUGUUGAAAGCAAAUGACUUUGAUGAGGACUCGGAUACCAUCAAUUGGGAUGGAUCUAGCGUGGCGGUAACAAGCACAUCAACUUCAAAACAAAGUCCAACAAAGCCAGCACAAGAUAUUACCUCCACAAAAAAGAGUUCUCCUUCUGCACUAGCUCCUCCACAGUCUCCCAUUAUGUCCAAACUACGAACUCAGACCCACUCAAGGUCACAAAGUGUCACCUUAGGUAUCAACCCGACUGUGUCGAUACAGCCAGCCACUGUAACCAGUACAUACAGUAGGUCAACAGAGCGCCUCCCUGGCUCCUCCUCCAACAUCAGUCUACAGGAAGUGGUGUCCAACAGUGCACCCAGAGCUGUGUCUUCUAAUGACCGAGCAAAGAUGGCCGAGGAGAUUCGCUUCCUGCAACGAUCACUUCAGAGAGCCAAGGAGUCGGGUACCACUAAGCUACCCGUGGAAGACACCGUCAGAUGUAUGAUUACAGGGGAGCCUUUCAGUUUGGAGGUGUACAGAUGCCGAGAGGAAAAGAUCGAAUUACUCGAUCGAGCCCUUAAUACACACGAUGGAAAUGCCAUCAUUACUAUAGUCCUUUUCCUGCAGCGAACCAUCAAAACCUCCAUAUUUAAUCUUGAACUACAAAAGAGACCUGUCGCUGUGAACCACUAUAUUAAUUAUCUUAAGAACCACUAUGAUUUUGAGGUCCUUGUAGAUUUACUUGGAUUUCUGGGAAGGAACGAAGAAGCUGCAAUGUUUAAAUACAAACAAGCCGUUAGCGCGAGUGACGCUGGUGUUAAGAUAAAGAGUUUAAAAACCUGUCACAGAGCUCACUUCAUGACAGACCAGGGAUUAGCCCACAACACAUCUUUGUUAGAGGAGCAUAUCUCCCUACUGGAGCGACAGCGACCCAUAGAGGAUGCAGAUGCCCGAGAUGAGCAGGAGGGGAAGGUGAUGCUUUUUAAGUCGUACCCGCGGAAGUCUUCCAUCAUCAAUAUGUCUGUCAUUACCACGCUCUACUACUGCUGUUUCUACCACCCAGGACUCUCAGAGAAUUCCCUGGCCAGCCCAGCUGCUAUUAGAAGAGACUAUAAGUUGACAGAUAAACAGUAUCUGUGGAUUGCCCUGAGUGCCAGAUCUAGACUGAAGCAAUGGACGGGUAUAGAAGAACUCUUCAUGACAAAGGGUUGGUUCGGAGGUACAAAGGCGAAAGCAGUAAUAGGAUUUGAUCGUGUGUGUGAAGUUUUAUACAAGACCAGUGCUCCUUUAGAUAUACUUUCCAAAUACCUCCGGAUGAUUGAUAGUACAGACAGAAGAAUCGCUCUCGCCAAAAAGAUGAAGUGCCAUGAUAUAGUUGUUGAUACGUAUCUUGCUAUGAAAGAUAGAGCAGAACUAACAGACUAUGCUAAGAAGUUGACCCCACAUUCCAGAGAGGCCUACUAUGCGCAGGACGCAUUGAAAAGCUCAACGGUGAAGUGGAAGAACUGAUAUUACGACAGCCCUACAGUGUUGUGCAAUGACAAGCAGACUGUGAUAUGAAGUCUCUAUACGUUGUGGGUGAUGAGAUUUCUGCUGUGAUUUCCGAGUACACAUUCCAUACAACAGUAUAUACGACACUUCUUUGAUGUGUGAUUGGAUAACUUGAUUUGCAAUACUUUAUCUGAUUGGUCAAGCAAAUUUCUUGUCUUCUGUUAUUGGUCAACAUGUGUAUUACACUGAUUGAUAUCUAUUUCAGGAUUUAAAGUUGAAUAGACAGAUCUGUACAGGUUAAUGAAGACCAUGAAAUUGUGUGCCAGGGCCAGAAAAGCAUAAAAAUCAAACCUCCUCCAUUAGGAGGGAGACUCCAUCAUUUUGACCAAAAUUUACCAAUCUCCCUCAAAACUCCCUCAUUCAAGUUGAACUCACACUAACUCAAAAUCUACACUCUGUAGUCAAAUGAUCUAGUUACUGCAGGGUGUGUGUAAUGAUCAUAACAGGUGUGUCUGAAUCAAAUUAAUUCUUUUUGGAGUUAUUUUGAUUCUUAAUAUGGAAAAGAUAAAUUGAGCAAUGUACAUGUAGUUUCAGUCGCGUUUCACACACUUUUUCCCUCAUUGGAAAUGUGGAAUAAAGGAGAUCUGCCUCCUUGGAGGUUUCAGAGGUUGACACCUAUGUAUUAGACCAGUAGGUCUGACAAUGAAUUUUUCUUCAUAAAACUAUUCAGAAGACGGAAACAAAACUGGUCCAGUUUUUACAAAGCCUAGUUUAUCAAAUAGAUGACAAUUCAACACAUGAUUUUUCUUGAAGUGAAUAAUGUGGAAAAUUGCGAUAUUGUUUUUUAGGGCUGUUCCAGAAAUAUGUUCGGGAGCAGGGCAGGGACUUUUUGAAACCACCACUCCCCACAAUUGAUUGCUGGGACCCAAUUAUACAACAUAUAGUAUAAUUUACUAUACACUAUGUAAAAACAGUUGGUUCUGAUCCCACCAUGCCACUAAUACAUGUAUGUUCUCAAUACUAUGUGUCUCCAUGUCCCCCCUCCCCCCUCUAUUCCUUGAUAUUCAUGGAUUAUAGCCCUUGUGACAAAGCAACAAAGUUUUUUAUGUUAUCCGCUCAUAUCAAGACAUUGUACAAAGUGUUGCAAUAAAAAUAUUCCUUAAACAAGUUUAAGGAUAUGUCAUCAUCUUUAUACAUCCAACUCAAUCUUGACAUUGAAACACAGUUAUCAUUUAUGUCUUUAAAUCUAUUAAAGGUUCGACUUCCAUUUCUUGUAUGACAUAUCCCUGUCUUUAUUUUACAAAUAGAAACAGUAUACAGACACAGUUUCGUUUCUGUAAUAUCAGAUAUUUUUGCGGGGCCCAAAUUUCGUGGUUUCCCGACAAAACACCAUUUUGUGGGUACAUGAAUUCGUGGAUUACCAGUACCCACUGAAACGGAAAAUUGCUUUAUAUCAAAUUUGUAAUAACUUUGUGGACCUGUGAAUUCAUGGAUGAAGGUAACCCACGAAAUCGAAGAAAUAAGAAUCCCAACGAAAAUAAGUGACUUCACAGUAAUUAUCAGAGGACGAGGUUGCUAGUGUAAGAAGCAGCAAGGUACUUUUACAUCGAUAACCUGGAAUUGUAUGCAAGAGAAUUUGUGUUGUUAUAAUUGGGAUGCCUUGUUUAUUUGCAAAUAAUGUGUUUUUACAAUCACAGUCCUAUUUAUAUGAAGAGUAAUAA